AUGGAAGAGAUUACAUUAGACCCUCUUGAUUGGACCGAAACAAGAUUAUUAGGACAUCAAGUCAUGGAUGAUAUGAUCAAUUAUUUGCGAGAUCUUCGUCUUCGACCUACAUGGCGUCCUGUACCAUUAGCUGUACAAGAAUCAUUAGCACAACAAGAUAUCCCAUUGAAGGGUCAAAAUCCAUGGCAAGUCUAUGAUGAAGUUCGUUCGCUUAUUUUACCGUAUCCAUUGGGUAAUAUUCAUCCUUGCUUUUGGGGUUGGGUUAUUGGUACAGGUUCGCCCAUUGGAGUUUUGGCUGAAUUAAUUACGGCAACUAUGAAUAAUCAAUCAUGGGGUGGUAAUCAAGCAAGUAUUUAUUUAGAACGUCAAGUAUUGAGAUGGCUCAAAGUUAUUAUGGGCUUUCCAAAUGAUGACACGUGUUCAGGGGCACUUGUGAGUGGUACAUCAGUGGCAACGAUGGUAGCAUUAGCUGUAGCUAGAAAAAAAUUCCAUGAUCGUAAGAUGAAAAUCUAUUGUUCAACAGAUGCACACAAUUGCAUUAUACGAGCGGUCGAUAUUCUUGGCAUUGGAAAAGAAAAUAUAGUUAUCAUUCCAACUAAUAAACAACGGCAAAUUGAUUUACAGAUCUUGGAAAAAUCAAUCGAUCUAAGUUUUGGUGGAGUUAUUGUUGGCAGCGCAGGCACAGUAGGUACUGGUGCUAUUGAUGAUCUUAAUGGAUUGGCUGAUUUAUGUGCUCGUCAUCCUAAUGAUCUCUGGUUUCAUAUAGAUGGUGCUAUUGGAGCAGUAGCUUGUUGUUCGGCACGUCUUCGACCUCUAUUGAUUGGUCUCGAACGAGCUGAUUCAAUUGCAUUCGAUCUACAUAAAUGGCU